AUGUCUGCUAGCUCAGUUCCCUACCCCUUCCAAUUCGACACCCCCAAGGGCACCACAGCCGGGUCUCACAAUGGUCAAACCACGGAUUGUACUCUCACUCUGAAGAAUGUUCGGGGUGCAAUUCCCUCCAUCCAAGCCUCUCGCCUGCGCAGCCUUAUGCUAGAAGCGCACAACGACCCGACCAAGAUUCUAGCUCAUGCCUGCACAUACGACGGCCUAUCUUCCCGUCUCGUUGAAGAAGCAGGCUUCCCCAUGGUUUUCCUUGCCGGAUAUGCAGUUGCGUCUUCCUAUGGCCUGCCUGACACCGGAUACAUUGCCAUGGCCGAGAUGUGUGACAAGAUUCGCGACGCAUACCGCCAGGUUUCUUUGCCUAUCAUGGCAGAUGGGGAUACUGGGUAUGGAAGUCCGAUGAACGUGAAGCGCACAGUCGAGAGCUUUGCUGCGGCCGGUGCGGCCGGAAUCAUGAUUGAGGAUCAACAGUGGCCAAAGCGGUGCGGGCACACCAAAGGAAAGAGUGUUGUGUCGCGCGGUGAAGCCUACGCCCGUAUGCAGGCUGCAUGCGAUGCCCGAAAUGAGGGACGGGAUAUCUUUAUCAUGGCGCGCACCGACGCCUUGAUGCAUGGCUGGGAGGAAGCCAUGGCGCGGGCGCAGGAGUUCAAGCGCAUUGGGGUCGAUGCGGUCUUCGUCGAAGCACUUCCGGAUCGCGAUGCGAUGAAGCGCUGCGCGGAGGAGCUGGAUAUUCCGGUCUUUGCCAAUAUCAUUGAAGGGGGUAAGACGGAGAACCUGUCUGCCAAGGAUUUGGCUGCGCUAGGCUUUUGUGCCGUGGCGUACCCGUGGUCAUUGGUCGCUGCUCAUCUGCAGGCGGUGCGUUCUGCAUUGGAUGGACUGAAGCGGAGCAUGCUGGUCGGUGCGCCCCCGAUGAUCUUGAGUUAUGACGAAGUUUGCGAGGGUGUGGGAUUCAACAAAUACUGGGUGAGUGUCCUUUGUUGUGUAUGA